CCCGCCGCCGACGAGGCGGACAACGUGGCCGAGGCGCGCGCGUGGGUCGACGCCUGGAAGGCGCGGCAGGAGGGCGGCAGCAGCAGCAACGGCAGCAACGGCGCCGACGCCGACGCCGGCGCAGGCGGCGCCGGUGCCGAGGCGACGGAAGACGACGGGGUGGUGGUCGUGGAGGAGUCAAACCCGUUUGACCUCGGGAAGAUCUUCUCGCUGUUUGGCGGCAAGAAGUAA